AUGAGCACGCGCACAAAGCGCAAGAACCUGCGGAAGCGGCGGAAGCGGCGGCUAUUUGCUGCUAUUGCAGAAGAGAUACAAGCAAGUGAAAAAGACCAAUGGACGCCUGAAAAGGAGGAACUGGAGCAAAUGAGGAACGAAGAGCAACGGCAAAGAACGCAUGAAAAAUGGCAAAAGGCGGUCGAGAAAUCCACUGUAGCUUUUAAGAAGCGCAGGAAGAUUUUAGCACAACGACAGCAGUUGAUCUUGUCCCUACGACAGCAAAUACAGCAGACGUCUAUCAAGGAAGACGAGAGCUUGGGUGGUCCUCCUGUAAGUAUAUACUCAAUCACUCUUGUGGGUGGGCUCAAGCAAGAGGAAUUAUUGGAAUGGGGAAGAAAGAAUGCACAUUAUCAUCAUCAUGUACAGGAUGAUGUACUACAGCCAGUAUUUCUUCGACGGGACGUCGUAGCUGCUCAAUACAAUCUUUCGUGUGUUUGUGCUCUAGCCGACACCAUGGUAGACGCAUGUACGGAAGUGUGA